GCAGCAAGACGCUGGCGACAGGCACACUCCGUCCUCUCAUCCAGCCUGUGCGCUCCACCACUGCUAUGGUUGCCGUGCCCACUGCCUGGUGCUCCGUCGCUCUGGCCCUGCUCCUGGCUCUGCAGGAAGGCAAGGGCCAGGUGGCCGCUGCUCCAGAUCACCCCUCGCCCUCGCCCCGGGCCCGCGGCUCCCACCUGCGGCCUCGACGUUGCUCCUGCAGCUCCUGGCUGGACAAGGAAUGUGUCUACUUCUGCCACCUGGACAUCAUCUGGGUGAACACCCCCGGACAGACAGCUCCUUACGGCCUGGGAAACCCGCCAAGACGCCGGCGCCGCUCCCUGCCAAAGCGCUGUGAGUGCUCCAGCGGCGGGGACCCUGCCUGUGCCACCUUCUGCCAUCGAAGGCCCUGGGCCGAAGCUGUGGUAGUCCCAGACAGCAGGUCCCCUGCCGACGUGUUCCAGGCCGGCCAGAGAUGGACGUCCGCAGGAGAGCUCCUCCAGCAGCUGAGGGAAAUUUCUGCCACCAAGAUCUGCUUUGCCAGACGACACCAGGAGGCAGAGAGGGAGCCGAGGCCCAUGUAUCCCAGGCGGAGGAAAACAUAGCACUGAUUGCCAGAUCUCCAAGGAACGCUGGGAAGGAGCCUGUGUGGGGCUUCGAGGAGAGGAGCAGCCCAGGGCCAGGGACACAACCUGCUGAGGUGGCACGAGCUCUGGUCUCCUUGCACGGGUGAAGGAGCUUCUCCCAAGGCAGCUCAUGUCCUCACCCUGCCCAGGAAAGCCUUCAGCCCCCAGGCUGCAGGGCGUCCUCUCCCCACUGGUCCCAGCCCCACCGCCCCGCUAGAAGGAACUACAUAAGGAGCGUGCUAACCCAGAGGCCACGUCCUGAGAGGUUUCCUGUCUACUGGCUACAAACUGGGAUCGGCGAGCAGUGGUGGACCCUCAGACGGAAGCCAGCGCUGGAGGCUGGACAGGGCUGGUGUCCUAGGCAGGCCCCAUCCGUCCCCUCCAGUUGUCCCUCCCCAGAGUCCUCCCACCCUCAUGUCCCCAGGAUGCUCCUGGUGAGAGUGACCUGCUCGGCUUCACCUGUCUGUAUAUAACUUAUUUCCUCUAAGUACGUGGAGGAUUCUGUUAUUUAUUUUAAUGUAUUUUUUUAGACUCUAUUAUUUACCUGCGAACUUGUGUUUUUAAUAAACGAAGAAG